CAUGCGCAGUGCAAAUUAUUCACUACUAUGGCGGAUCAUGUUAAAUUGCUCCGGGAAGUUGAUUACUAUUCUCAGUUUUCUGUACAUUAUUCAAUGACUCGAAUCUCUGAUCCGUUGAUUUUUGGAUAAUACCCAUUGGAAAACAUUGUACUGAUAUGUUAGAUCUUUGGGUUUCGCUAUGAAAAGGGUUAUAUUGUUCGAAAACGGCACAACUGUAAACGGAAAGUUUUUUUUCCCAGGUUUUUAUGGUGACACAUUCAGUAGAUGAACUUCUGAAAGCAGCAAGUGGAAAAUUCGCUAUUACAGCAAAACGGAUAUUUACAUCUCAAGGUGGAGAGAUCGACGAUUUGAAACUCAUUAGAGAUGACGAUAUCCUUUACGUAUCUAGUGGUGAGGAGUUCAUUUCUAAGGAUAAAAUUUCAACCCCCAGUUGUCCAGAAUGGGUGACACUAAGCGUAGGUGGUAAAUUAUUUACUACGACUAGGAGCACAUUGACACAUAAGGAGCCAAUGAGUAUGCUAGCUAGAAUGUUUUCUGAAAGUGAAGAUUGUUCAGAAUUCAGAAUACCGCCAAGUAAACAGGACACAAAUGGGGCCUUUCUGAUCGACCGAAGUCCCACAUAUUUCGAACCACUUUUGAAUUACCUCAGACAUGGACAACUCAUUAUCGAUAGGAAUGUCAAUCCUGCAGUUAUAAUUCCUGUAGGAGUACUGGAAGAGGCCAAAUUUUAUGGUAUUGAAGGUAUAGUUGGUACCUUGGAGGAAAUGGUUAUUAAUGAGGGAACAAGAACAAAAGGAACUGAAGCUCUGACUCGACGUGAUGUUCUGAAAGCAAUUAUGUCGACCCCAACCACAUCUGAACUCCGAUUCCAGGGUGUUAACCUGGCUGGUGCCGACUUAUCGAGGCUUGAUUUGCGAAAUAUCAAUUUUAAGUAUGCCAAUUUACGUGGAUGCAAUUUAUUCGGUGCCAAUUUAUCCGGCUGCUUCUUGGAACGAGCUGAUCUAUCAUUCGCUAAUCUUGGAAACGCUCAAUUAGUUUGUGUUAAGAUGCUCUGUGCGAACCUUGAAUCAGCCAAUUUGCAUUCUUGCAAUUUCGAGGAUCCCGGUGGAUUAUCAGCUAAUAUGGAGGGGGUCAAUCUCAAAGGUGCUAAUCUCGAAGGGAGCAAUAUGUCAGCAGUUAACUUACGUGUUGCAACUUUGAAGAAUGCUGUUCUCAAAAAUUGUGUCUUGAGAUCUGCUGUUUUAGCCGGAGCUGAUCUAGAGUGCUGUGAUCUAUCGGGAUCUGACCUUCAGGAGGCAAAUUUACGAGGUGCAAAUUUGAAAAAUGCAGCAUUCGAGCUGAUGCAGACUCCUCUGCACAUGUCUCAAACGGUGCGAUGAUGAUAACUCUGUGAUAACUCCAACAAUGGCAGAAUUAUUUUCAUUUCAACCAGUAAGGCCGAACAUUCCAUUCUCAAUUAUACUGUAGAUUUGUCAAAUUCUGUUCCAAUCAUCCUGAAAACCAUAUAUCAUUUAGAAGCUUUCGUUACACAUACAUUUUCCAAUGAGGUAAAAUACAUAUUGAUAAUAUAUGAGUGUAUACAAAGAAAAAAAACAACAAAUAAUGUUGAAUAAUUUAUACAAACAUUAAUCAUGUUUUUUGCAAUAAA